CUCAGGCCUCCGUAAAGGAGGUUGGGCUUGGUGUUCUCCCGCCAAUUUAAACCAGAGGGAUGGUUUAGAGCGGUUUGGGCAGUCAGGAAGAGGCUACAUCUGUAUUCCCAUUUAGUUUCUCCCGUUGCAGGGAAGACAGUGGUUCCUGUCUCAGGAAGAUUAGAAACAUGUGGAAUGAUAUCGAACUGCUAACAAGUGAUGAUACUGGAAGUGGGUACCUAAGUGUUGGCUCAAGAAAAGAACAUGGAACAGCUUUAUAUCAAGUAGAUUUGCUGGCAAAGAUCUCCUCCGAAAAGCCGUCCUUUAAUCCAAAGAUACAAGCAUACAGCUUAAGUGAUGGGUUUGUUAUUGUAGCUGAUCAGUCAGUGAUACUGCUUGACAGCAUUUGUAGAACACUUCAGUUGCAUCUUAUAUUUGACACUGAAGUGGAUGUGGUUGCGCUAUGUCAAGAAGGAAAGUUUCUUAUGGUUGGAGAGAGAAGUGGCAAGGUGCAUCUCAUUCAUGUGACAUCAAAGCAAACAUUAUUCACUAAUGCUUUUGUUCAGAAAGCUGAAGAUGAAAAUCAGUGUACUUAUCAGAAUCUUGUUGUUGAGAAAUACAAUUCAAGUGAAGGUACCUACUAUAUGCUGCUUCUAACAGCCAGUGGUGUGUUUUGUAUAACAAACCUUCAUCUUGUAAAGAUUCAGCAAGCUAUUGAGAAUGGUGACUACAAUACAGCAAAAAAGUUCCAAGGAGAAAUCAAGUCCAGUUUUAUUUCUACUGAAAAUUAUCAUACUCUUGGUUGUCUCAGUCUUGUGGCCGGAGAUGUAGCUGGUGAAAUCUCAAUGAUAAUUGGGGGAACUGGUAAUUGUGCUCUUUCAAAAUGGGAACCAGAUUCUUCCAAGAAAGAAAUGACAGUUAAAAAUGUUAUUGACUCUGAGAUUAUUAAAGGUGCAAAGAAGUUCCAGCUGAUAGACAAUCUACUUUUUAUUCUUGAUACUGAUAAUGUGCUGAGUUUAUGGGAAUUUUACACUUUGACUCUUCUAUGGAACUGGUCCUGUCUACAUGUGGAAGAUUUUCUUCUUACCACGGAAGCAGAUUCACCUUCAUUAGUUACAUGGAAAGGAAUUACGAAUCUCAAAUUAGUAGCUCUGACAGUAACUGCUAAUAAAAAGAUGAAAAACUUUGUGGUUUAUUCAUUACCUACAAUGGAAAUACUAUAUUCUUUGGAAUUAUCUAGUGUUUCUUCUCUGGUGCAAACAGGAAUUAGCACAGAUACCAUAUAUCUUCUGGAAGGAAUUUGCAAAAAUGAUCCAAAAUCAUCUGAAGACUCAGUCUCUGUUUUAGUACUUAGAUGUCUUACAGAAGCUUUACCAGAAAAUAGAUUGAGUCGGUUACUUCAUAAACACAGGUUUGCUGAAGCUGAGAGCUUUGCCAUUAACUUUGGACUAGAUGUUGAGCUUGUUUACAAGGUAAAGUCAAACAAUAUAUUGGAGAAAUUAGCUUUGAGUUCUGAGGACACCAGUGAGCAGAUUGAAUGGCAAAAACUUGUGGAUGAAGCUAAGGAAAAUUUACAUAAAAUCCAGGAUGAUGAAUUUGUGGUGAAUUACUGCUUGGAAGCUCAAUGGAUAACCUAUGAAACAACCCAGGAAAUGCUAAAUUAUGCCAAAACCAGGCUUUUGAAGAAAGAAGAUAAAUCUGUACCUGUCUACUCUGAUGGCUUAAAAGAGGUACUAAAGGCUCAUGCAAAGUUGACUACAUUUUACGGUGCAUUUGGACCUGAAAAAUUCAGUGGUGGUUCUUGGAUUGAAUUUUUGAAUAAUGAAGAUGAUCUUAAGGAUAUUUUUUUACAGUUAAGAGAAGGAAACCUUAUUUGUGCACAAUACCUCUGGCUUAGACAGCGGGCAAGCUUUGAAAGCAGAUUUGAUGUGAAAAUGCUUGAAAACUUGCUCAAUUCCAUUUCUACACCAGUCUCAUUGCAAAAGCUUUGCCCAUGGCUUAAAAAUGAUGUGAUCCCAUUUGUGCGAAGAAUUAUACCGGAAGGACAGAAAAUUCUUGCAAAAUGGUUGGAGCAAACAGCCAGGAACCUUGAAUUAACUGAUAAGGCAAACUGGCCAGAAAAUGGACUUCAGUUGGCGGAGGUGUUUUUCACAGCAGCAAAGCCAGAUGAGUUGGGAAUGACAUCCUCUUGUCAUUGGAUUUCCUUGAAGAAUUACCAAAACACAGAAGAAGUAUGUCAAUUAAAGAUUUUGGUAAAUAACUUGCGAGAAUUGAUCACAUUGCAUAGGAAAUACAACUGCAAAUUGGCCCUUUCUGAUUUUGAGAAGGAGAAUGCAACCACCAUUGUGUUCCGAAUGUUUGAUAAAGUCUUGGCUCCAGCACUCAUUCCUUCUGUCUUAGAAAAGUUUGUGAGAGUUUAUAUGAGGGAACAUGACUUGCAAGAAGAAGAACUUCUCCUACUCUACAUAGAGGAUUUAUUAAAGAGAUGUAGCUCCAAGUCUACAUCACUCUUUGAAACUGCAUGGGAAGCAAAAGCCAUGGCCAUCAUAGGCUGUUUAUCUGACACAGAUCUCAUAUUUGAUGCUGUACUGAAGAUCAUGUAUGCAGCAGUGGUUCCUUGGAGUGCAGCUGUGGAGCAGCUGGUGAAGCAGCACUUAGAAAUGGACCACCCCAAAGUCAAAUUAUUACAGGAAAGUUACAAGUUAAUGGAGAUGAAAAAACUUUUACGAGGCUAUGGAAUAAGGGAGGUAAAUCUCUUAAACAAGGAAAUCAUGAGGGUGGUCAGGUACAUUCUCAAGCAAGAUGUCCCAUCUUCAUUAGAAGAUGCUUUGAAGGUGGCCCAAGCAUACAUGUUGUCUAAGGAUGAAAUCUAUAGUCUAAAGAUAAUUGACCUGAUAGACAGAGAACAGGGUGAGGAGUGUGUCCUUCUACUGAGGUCUUUGCCUCCUGCUGAAGCUGAGAAAAUUGCUGAAAGAGUCAUCAUUUGGGCACGAUUGGCAUUACAAGAAGAACCAGAUAAUUCUAAAGAGGACAAAUCCUGGAGAAUAUCUGUAGCAAAGAUAUCAGUGGACAUUCUUAAACUACUAUGUGACAUUCAGAAAGAUGAUCUGCAGAAGAAGGAUGAAUCUGAAGAAGUCUUGAAAAUAUUUAAAGCUGUUGCUAGCUUACAGGAGAACUUUGAGGUCUUUCUGUCAUUUGGAGAUUAUAGCAACAGUUCCCUGGUAGCAGAGCUCCGUGAACGGUACAUUAAAGCUCAGGAAAUCUCCCAGGCUAAACACAAACCCAGGAGCAGCACAGAGCCCACAGAUGCCAAGGAGAAGACCUUGAGCACUGAGGCAAAGCUACACAGGCAGGCCCUUUUCCUACAGCUGUCCAAGCAAGAGCUGGAGGCUGAGCUGACCAUGAGGGCCCUUCAUGAUGGGAACAUCAAAACAGCACUAAAAAAGUGCAGAGACUUGUUUAAAUAUCACCGCAAUGCUGAGACUGGGGAAUUACUGUUUCUGACCUGUCAGAAGCUUUGUCACAUGCUGGCUCAGGAUAUCCCAGUGGCAACUCCUGCAGGGCUGAAUCUUCCUUCUGAGAUACAUGAGCUUGCCUGCCAGGCUGCCACCCUCUGCAGUCCAGAUGUUUUAUUAAAUACUUUGGAGCUAUGUAAAUAUACUUUAAUGGCAAUGGAGCUUUCCAGACAGUGCCAAAUGGAUGACUGUGGAAUUCUGAUGAAAACUUCUUUUGGGACUCAUAAAGAUCCAUAUGAGGAGUGGUCUUACAGUGACUUCUUCAGUGAAGACGGCAUAGUUCUUGAGUCACAGAUGGUUCUACCUGUUAUUUAUGAAUUGAUUGCAUCCCUUUUUCCUCUGGCUGAAAACAAGAGGUAUCCCUUGGAAUCUACGUAUUUGCCAUACUGCUCCCUUAGUGAAGGAAAUGGCCUUAUUUUACCUGCUUUAAACUCCGUCUCUGCCCUGCUGCAGAACCUUCAGGAAUCUAGCCAGUGGGAGCUGGCUCUGAAAUUUGUGGUCUGUUCCUUUGGUACCUGCCAUCAGCACUCUGUGUCAAACUUUAUGAAUGUCAGUUUGAGUGACAAGUUAUUUGAAAAAGCCACAUUGGAAAAAUCAAGAUAUAUUGUUGUGGAACUGAAAGAAAAAGUUGAUACAUUCAUCAGAGAAUGUGCUCCAAAGCUAUUGCACAAAGUCUUUAAUUGUCGCUUGGUGGAUCUUGAGUUGGCAUUGGGUUACUGCACUCUCUUAACCCAAAAAGAAGUGUUUGAAAAUCUCUGGAAACUCAUAGACAAAGCAUGGCAGAAUUAUGAAAACAUUUUGGCAAUCUCUCUGGUGGGCUGUCAGCUGGCCAGGCUCUAUCAGGAAAUAGAAAUGGAGUUGAAGUUCCAGGAACUCAGUACAGAUGCCCAGUGGGGUUUUCGUCUUGGUAAACUUGGUAUUUCUUUUCAACCAGUUUUCAGGCAACACAUACUUACCAAGAAAGACCUCAUUAAAGCUCUUGUGAAGAAUAUAGAUAUGGACAUAAACCUCAUUCUGGAAUAUUGCAGCACCUUUCAGCUGGACUGUGAUGCAGCCCUUCAGCUAUUCAUUGAGACACUACUGCACAAUACAAAUGCCUGUGAAAGCCAGGGAGAUGCAAAGAUGGAAUCUACAGACCAGCCACACUCCAAACUCUUGGCCAAAGCCCUUGAAAUGGUUCCUUUACUAAUCAGCACAAAAGACUUGGUCAUCAGUCUUAGUGGAAUACUACAUAAGUUGGAUCCCUAUAACUAUGAAAUGAUUGAAGUUGUCCUGAAGGUCAUAGAAAAGGCUGAUGAAAAGAUAACCAAUAUUAACAUUAAUCAGGCAUUGAGUCUUCUGAAACAUUUGAAAUCAUACAGAAGAAUUUCUCCUCCAGUGGAGCUAGAGUAUCAGCAUAUGCUGGAGCAUGUAACACCUUUGCCAUCAGCUGCCCAAACUAGACUGCCAUUUCACCUUAUAUUUUUUGGCACAGCACAGAACUUCUGGAAAGUCCUCUCCACAGAACUCAGUGAAGAAUCCUUCCCAACAUUGCUCUUAAUCUCUAAAUUAAUGAAGUUUUCUUUGGACACACUGUAUAUGUCUACAGCCAAACAUGUUUUUGAAAAAAAGCUGAAGCCUAAACUUCUGAAGUUAACACAAGCUAAAACCUCAUUACUGAUGAACAAGGAAAUAACUAAGAUCACUCAGACCAUCGAAUCCUACUUGUUAUCAAUAGUUAACCCAGAGUGGGCUGUUGCUAUUGCUGUCACCCUUGCUCAGGAUAUCCCAGAAGGUUCCUUUAAGAUGUCUAGUUUGAAAUUUUGCCUCUACUUAACUGAGAGGUGGCUGCAGAAUAUCCCAUCUAAGGAUCAAACACAGGAAAAAGCAGAGGCUUUGCUGAAGAAACUUCACAUUCAGUACCGGCGAUCAGGCACGGAGGCUGUGCUCAUAGCUCACAAGCUGAACACAGAGGAGUACUUAAGAGUGAUAGGAAAACCAGCUCAUCUCAUUGUCAGUCUGUAUGAACAUCCCAGCAUAAGUCAAAGAAUUCAGAAUUCAUCUGGCACAGGUUUUCCUGAUAUUCACACAGCAGCUAAAGAAAUAGCUGAAGUCAAUGACAUCGAUUUGGAGAAAGUCUGGGACAUGUUGUUGGAGAAAUGGCUGUGCCCACCCUCAAAGCCUGGUGAAGAGCCAUCUGAAUUAUUUGAACUUCAAGAUGAAACAUUACAAAGAGUCCUGUAUCUCCUUCAGUCUCGUCCACUUGAUUAUUGUUCAAGAAUGCUGUUCAUUUUCGCAACAUCAGCUACAACUACAUUAGGUAUGCAUCAGUUAACUUUUGCUCACAAAACACGAGCUCUUCAGUGUCUCCUCUACUUGGCUGACAAGGAAACUAUAGAAUGUCUCUUCAAGAAACCCAUUGAAGAAGUGAAAUCUUAUAUGAAAUGUAUAACUUUUCUGGCAUCAUUUGAGGCUUUGAAUAUUCCCAUCACAUAUGAACUAUUUUGCAAUAGUCCCAAAGAAGGAAUGAUUAAAGGUCUAUGGAAAAACCACAGCCACGAGUCCAUGGCAGUAAAAUUGGUGACUGAGCUUUGUUUAGAAUAUAAAAUCUAUGACCUGCAGCUUUGGAAUGGACUCUUGCAAAAGCUUCUUGGAUUCAAUAUGAUCCCUUAUCUAAGGAAAGUUUUAACAGCCGUUUCCAGUAUCCAUUCUUUAUGGCAGGUUCCUUACUUUAGCAGAGCUUGGCAGCGUGUGGUACAGAUUCCACUACUUUCAGUCUCUUGUCCUUUAAGCCCCAGCCAGUUAUCAGAUUGUUGUGAGAGUCUUGUCGCUGUUCUAAAAUGUCCAGUUUCAGAUGACCUUGACAUGAUUGGAGUCGCCAAACAGUAUAUUCAAUUAGAGCUUCCAGCUUUUGCGUUAGCCUGUCUGAUGCUCAUGCCCCACUCAGAAAAAAGGCACCAACAAAUAAAGAACUUUCUGGGCUCGUGUGAUCCUUUAAUCAUUUUACAGCAGUUAGAAGAACAUAUGCAUUCUGGCCAGUUAGCAGGAUUUUCACAUCAAAUUAGAAGUCUGGUUCUGAAUGAUAUCAUAAGAAAGAAGGAGUUUGGGCGUUUGGCAAAGACUAAAUACUUUCAAGUUUUGAAGUCACACAUGGUGAAUACCAACAACAUCACUGACCUGGUAAACUAUUUGGCAAAUGAGUUAAGUUUAGAUGAAGCAUCAGCUUUUGUAACCAAAUAUUCAAAGCAUUGUGGGAAGCCUGUACCAGCUGACAUUGCUCCCUGUGAGAUUCUAAAGAUGUUUCUUAAUGGCUCAUGGUAAAUCAUCAAACCUUGUCUCAAGAACAAGAGGAAGUCUGAAGUCUGCUACUACCUGACCGUAUUUAUGACAGUUUUUAAAUUGUGCAACCUAUGUGUUAUAGCCAUUAUCAAGUAUUAUCCAAAAAGUAGUAACUAAGAUGUUUAACAAUUUUAAUUUUAAUUACCUCGAGAAUACAUUCUAUAAGUUAUCUUUUA